UGUGUGCCUGUACAGCUGCUUGGUUCUGAACUGUGUGUGGAGAGAGGGAGGGAGAGAGACGGAGAAAGGGGGACGAGUAAGCAGGGAACAGCAGCAGGGAACAGCAGCAGGGCUGGAGGCUUCAGCCAUGUCAGUUUUCUCUACAACGCUGGACAGACGAUGAGAAGAGAGGAACCAUGGCCUUGUCACUGAGUGCAGACGAAGAGGAUUAUGAUUCAGAAUCUGAACAGCAACGAGAAGCCAACCGGCCAAAGCCCAAGAUGGGGACUUCAGCAGCGGUCAAGCUGCCGUCCAAUCGCAGUGCGUCUGGCGCCAGACGCAGGAGAACACGCUGCCGAAAGUGUGAGGCGUGCCUCCGAACUGAGUGUGGAGAAUGUCACUUCUGUAAAGACAUGAAGAAGUUUGGAGGACCUGGGCGCAUGAAGCAGUCCUGUAUCAUGAGGCAGUGCAUUGCACCUGUCCUGCCCCACACAGCUGUGUGUGUGGUGUGCGGAGAAGCAGGGAAGGAGGACACAUUGGAGGAGGAGGACAAGUUCAACGUCAUGCUCAUGGAGUGCUCCAUCUGCAAUGAGAUUGUCCACCCCAACUGCUUAAAGGUAAAAGAUGCUUCUGGCGUGGUGAACGAUGAACUUCCUAACUGUUGGGAAUGUCCCAAAUGCAACUACGCUGGGAAAACCGGAAAAGUCUGCAAGCAAAAAAGGGGACCAGGGUUCAAGUAUGCGUCUAACCUCCCUGGCUCCCUGCUGAAGGAGCAGAAGGCAGUCAAGGAGGAGGGUGAGGCCACAUCUACGUCUACAGCCAAGAGAAAGCCUGAGGGAGAUGAUAUCUCAAGACACAGACCUGAGGAACGGGAGCCCCUCCACAGACACCCCCCUGUCCUGACCCCCAGCACCCUGCCUCGGCCCAGACCUGAGGACAAACUGAGGAAGAAGAGGAAGCUCUUCGACGAUGACGAGGAAGAGGACUUCAGUGUGAGGAAGAAGGGAAAGGCAGAUGAACCUCUGUUCCCCAAACUCCUUCAUCAGAUCAAGACUGAGGAGGAAGACCAGGAGGAGGAAGUGGAUGAGGAGGAGACGGACUCUCUGUUCUGGCGAGGCCUGGAGAGGAGAGAUCGUUUAGAAGAUACCGAGGACUGGGCAGAGGACGGGGAUGGCAAAGACACAAAGACAAACUUUCCAAGGCCUCCUCUCAAAACUCCUGUUCUAGACAGUGACCAGUCUCACUGCAGCUCUCCACAGGCUGGCCCCAGCAGCGAGGGUGGCAGUGAACCCCAGGAGAAGGGCCCACGCCCCAAAGCGCGCCGCAAACGCCGUUUACCCAACAAGGAGCUGAGCAAAGCACUGAACCAGGAGAUCCAAAAGACUGAGGACUGCCUAGCCAAUGAGAACCGCCAGCCCCUCAAGGUGGAGCCAGAGAGUGAGAAUGAGGAGCCCAAGAGGGGCUUCCGCAUCGGCAGUGACCUGGGAGGGGAGCGCCCCCACCUCCGGACCAAGGAAAUGAACGGCACCCCCUGGGAGCUGCGCCACUUCUACCCCAGCCAGAUCACCCCUCUGGGCUUCAACAGGAGCUCCCCUGGCACCCGGCCUCUGCCCCCACGCUCCCCACCCAAGUGUGUCCAAAUGGAGCGGCACGUAAUCCGGCCACCCCCCAUCAGCCCCCCGCCGGACAGACUGCCCCUGGUGGACGGGAAGACCCAUGCAGUUCAGCGAGAGGUCUGGAUGAAGCUCUUUGGGCACUUCACACACAAGGAGCUGUGUGUCUGCAUGCGUGUCUGCAAGACAUGGAAUAGAUGGUGCUGUGAUAAAAGACUGUGGACCAACAUCGAUCUGAACCGCUGUAAAUCUAUCACUCCCCUCAUGCUGAGUGGCAUCAUCCGCAGACAGCCCCUCUCACUGGACCUCAGCUGGACCAACAUCUCCAAGAAGCAGCUGAGCUGGCUAAUAAACCGCUUACCAGGUCUGCGGGUGUUGCUGCUCUCAGGGUGCUCGUGGGUGGCUGUGUCUGCCCUCUGCACCUCUAGCUGCCCUCUGCUGCGCACCCUGGAUGUGCAGUGGGUGGAAGGGCUCAAAGAUGCCCAGAUGAGGGACCUGCUCUCGCCCCCGACCGAUAACAGACCAGGUCAGUUGGACAACCGCUGUAAACUGAGGAACAUCCUGGACUUGCGUCUGGCCGGGCUGGACAUCACAGAUGCCUCUCUGCGUCUGAUUAUCAGACAUAUGCCGUUACUUUCCCGACUGGACCUGAGCUACUGCAACCACAUCAACGACCAUUCGGUCAACCUGCUGACGGCCGCAGGAACCACAACCAGAGAUUCACUCACAGAGAUCAACCUGUCAGUUUGUAAUAGGGUGACAGACCAUUCCCUUACCUUCUUCAAGCGCUGUGGAAGCAUCUGUCACAUUGACCUGCGCUAUUGCAAACAGGUGACCAAGAUGGCCUGUGAACAGUUCAUAGCAGAGAUGUCUGUGAGUGUACAGUUUGGACUCAAAGAGGACAAAUUACUGCAGAAGCUCAGUUAGACAUUGACAUCAAGGCCAUACAGCAAAAAAGAACUACCCUUUGCACUAACUGGAGCAAGACAAGGUUUCCCCAUCAAGCCUGCACUGGUUGGUUUUGUAUGUUUGUUUCUUCUUCAUUGGAGAAUCUACUGUGUUAGAUUUGUGAACGAACAAUGUCACAUGAGUUGAUGAGAUGAGCAGAAGUAUGUAAAUUAACAAGGGGGAUGGUCAAAAUGUUUGCAUCAAUGUCUUUCUGGAUGUUACAAACACAUCCUUGUACUGAAAGGCAAAGAUGUCCUGGACAGGAGAUGGGGAGGGAAAACAAAGCAUGCAUUAGUUUCUUUUUGUGUUAAGAUUGUACCUUUUUCAAAGGCUUGUGUUUGUUGGAUUUAAUUUGUUGGGGGAUUUGUUUUCUAUUACUUAUACAUGUUAAAUGUUUAAGACAUUUUUUUGUACAACAAUAAUUCACGCAUUGGGAUAACAUUUGAGGUUAUAGUGAAGCUUUAUGUAUGCAGUACCAUACACACCCCAGAUUUCAACUCUUACAUCUGAAUAUUGACCUACAGUACUUUAAAUCAGCUUGCCUUGACACCGAUGGUAAUAUGUAUUUUUGGAUGCUAUUUUUUUUACCUGAUAUCAUGUGCCAAAUUCUGAAGGUGACAUUACAAGUUAAUGGUAGUUACUGACUUGGACUGGAAUUAAUUUAAUACUUUACUUUAAAAAAUGAACAUAAGACUAUUAUUAUGAAAUAAUACAUGUUUUAAAUGUUUAAGUAAAUAAGAAUUAAAUAAAUGUUGCAAAUAUGGUUAGGAUAAUGAAUAUAUCUUGAAAUUAAUCAGUCAAUAAAUAUUGACAUAAGGAA